GCAGCUGCCGCGCGGCGCCGCCCCUGUGGAUGCGCGCGGUGCGCCGGAGCCCCCAGCCGCCUCAGGAGCGGGACGUCGCCUCCGCCUCCGCGCGCCCGCGGUCCGGCAGGAAGCUCGUGUCCACGGCCGCGUCCUUGCCCUCGGGGUCGCCCCCCUCGGGGUCCUCGUCGCCGUCGUCGGGCGGGAAGGACAGGCCGCAGAUCCGGCGCCGCCGCCGCCGCCGCCGUUCGCGCUGCGGCCGCUGCCUCUCGCGCUGGGGCACCAGGGCCUCGUGCCGCGCCUCCUGUCGUUCGGGGUCGGCAGCCCCACGGUGCUCCGCUUCGGCUCGGCCUCCGCCGCGUCGCAGUGGGCGAGACCUUCCGGCCCACCUUGGCCUUGCUGAAGGUCUCCUCGGUGACGCGCUGCUUCAGGACCUGCAUGUGCUUCUGCUUCUCGCGCUGGCUGAGCGGGUGCAGGGCCCGGCCGGCCCGCGCGUGGAGCCCUGGUACCGAGCCGUCCCGCCCGCCGGCUCCCCCGGGCCACGCGCGCCGCGUGCUCUCGACCCCGGCCUGGGAGCUCCGAGCCACCGCGUGGACUCCGCAGCGGGGAACAGAAGCACGGAGCUCCGGAGGGGCCAGAGUGACAGCUCGGCGAACGGUCCAGAUGGACGCGUUCCAACAGAAUGGAAUGUUCUGGAGCUGCGCUGACCCACGUGCAGCCGUACGGGGCUUAUUGAGCACGAGGCGCUGGUUUUUCACUUUAUUUCAGUUGAUCUAAAUUUCAGUAACCACAUGUGACUGUUGCUCCCAUGCUGGACGGUGCAAGUCUGGGAGCUGCACGUGGACAGGGUUGGUCUGCCCAGCAGACUCUUACCUGUCCUGGUACCCACUCAAGCACGGACAUGCAAGAGUCAGAGCAGCCGGAGAGCCGACCUGCCCUGGACCGGAGCCUGGCUUCGUGUGUGCUGACCGCAGGAAGACAGAGUGUGAGCGAAAAGCCCCUCUCUCCUCAGCCAGCUUACCUUCCACCAGUCUGAAUUCUGAUCUUAGGUGAUAAUCCAACAAGUGGCCGGUAUCCUCCCCUCCCCAGAGUCAGCCCUGCAUGAACACUGAUGGUGGACCAGCGUCUGCAGGGGCCCGGGUUGGGUCCAGGCUGUGUCUCCUGAUGGCCUCAUCACUCAGGGAGCCCUCCAGCAGCCAUCACCGUAUUGUAAACUAGUUGUUCAAGCAAAGCCGCAGGACCUGUCAACCAGACGCCAAAAGGAGCUUCAACCAUAUACAUGUGUUAGCAUACGGUGGUACAUCUUUUGCUUCUCAUCGCAAAGCACCACCUGAAGCCCUGCUUUUGGAAGUAUCGCCAGAGAAGUGAGGGAACGAGACAGAGAACAGAUGAACAACGGUGGCAAGGAGCUCAUGGAGAAAAAGAAAAAGCCAGAGGUCUGCCUAGAAGAGAAGGUAUUCUAGACCACUCAGGGCUGCCCUCCGCCCCCUGCACGCUUGCAGAAGAGGGAAACACGUAGGAAGCAUUCCGACACCACACGGGCACCCUUUU